AUGUCUUUCUCAGAGAAUAAAACAGAUUACAACACUGACGUCGAGCAAGUGGCCGUCGAGGCUAACGACCAAGAUGAUCAGGGAGAAGUAUUCAAAACAAAUGUCAAUGGUGAAAACUACCGUACUGUCUCUUGGUACAGUAGUUUUGCUUUGAUGUUCAAGGUUCUCUUCUCUGUAGGAGUCUUAUCCAUUCCAGGUGUCUUUACAUUGGUCGGUGCACUACCCGGUGCCCUGCUUGUCAUUGGUUGGGGUUUAUUCAACACAUACGCGGCAUUCAUCCUGGGGGCUUUCCGUCUUCGACAUUCCGGUAUGCAUGGAUUGCAGGACAUGGCCUACAUCGUCGGGGGCGCCUGGUAUCGUGAAAUAGUCGGUAUCCUCUACAUCGUUGGUUAUGCCUUGGUCACCGGGUCCGGUUACAUUGGUACUGCGACUGCAUUCAACGCUUUAUCAGAGCACGGGGCCUGCACUGUUUGGUUCUCUUUCGUCGCUUUCGUCAUCUCUACCGGUGUGGCCGCUUUCCCCAAAUUUGGACAAAUAGGCGUUGUGGCCUGGGUUGGUGUCAUUCUACUUUACAUCGCUGUGAUGAUAGUCACAAUCUCUGUCGGUGUGCAAGAUCGUCCUCAAUUGGCCCCUGCCGGAGUCACAGAGUACGGUUACGAGGUUGUCGCAAAGGGUACGACCUUUAUCACUGGAAUGACUGCCUGUUUGAUCAUCUUCGUUUCUUCAUCCGGAACUUCCGCCUUCAUUCCCAUUAUUGCCGAGAUGAAAAAUCCUAAGGAAUAUAAGAAACCUAUUAUUGCUGCCAUGGGAUUAUUAAACGUAACUUAUCUUGUGGUCGCCCUUGUGGUUUACCGAUACUGUGGUAUCUAUAUUGCCAGUCCUGCUCUUGGAAGUGCAGGAACAUUCAUUAAAAAGCUCACUUAUGGAAUCGGACUUCCUGGGUUGCUCGUCAGUGCAAUCUUAUGUCAGCAUCUUGCUGCUAAAUACGUCUUUGUGCGGUUACUCCGAAAUACCGAGCACCUUCAAACCAAAACCAAAACACACUGGAUCACCUGGCUCGGUAGUGUCAUUCUGAUUGGUGUGAUCUCCUUCGUCAUUGCAGAAGCUAUUCCCUUCUUCAGCACCCUCAUUGGCCUUGUGGGAGCAUUAGCAUACGCGCCAUUGGCUAUUGUUGUGCCCAUGACAUUAUGGCUUUAUGACUUCGGUCACUACCGCAAGGGAUCUAUGGGGCAAAAAGCUCUUUGGGUCUUCCACGUCCUUUUCAUCGGUAUCGGUGCUUUUAUGACUGUUGGUGGUUCUUACACCAUGAUUCAGACCAUCAUUAGCUCGUAUGCUGCUGGUACUGUUGACCGUGCUUUCAGUUGUGCAGACAAGUGA